AUGCCGCAGCUCAGGUCAGGGAAGGCGGUGGCCGCCACCGAGGCGCGGCUGGCCGAGAGGCCCUGCGGCGGCGGCAGCCCCCGCUCGCCGGGCUGCGGGGGAGCGGGCGAGCCCCGGGCGGAGCCGGGGGUCAAGCGCAGCCCCCGCCUGGCGCCGAAGAGAAGAGCCGAGCGGCCCUUGGCGCCCUGCUCGCUCCCUGCCUGGCUCCCCGGGGUUUCCCCCGAGCCGUUGGCGCCGGUGCAGGAGGAGCAGGGCGAGAGUAGUCGGAGGCUCCCAGGUAAAAGAAGCAAGGGGAGACGGGGCGGGAUGGCUGCUGGGAGCCCGCAGGACGCGGCUCGGCGGGCGUCGGGCGCUGCCAGGCCCAGAGCAGGUCGAGCAGCGAGGAGGCCUGUGGGAGCAUGCUGGGGAAAGGCGGUAAGCAGCGGGAUAGGGGAGGGCCAGCAGCCGCUCUUCACUGAAACCAGCUUGCAAAAGAAACUCUCAACGGGGUUUGGGAGGGAGGAGCAUAGCCCACAAGGACCGAACCCUUUAGGUUUCCAGGAGAGUUCAGGGAGCUCAGAAAUAAAGGAUGAAUGCCCUUUCUUGGAGCUGAAGUUACAAAUCUCAUCCUCUGACGAGGAAUGUGAGAGCACAGGGAGGCAAAGUAUUUGCUGUUCGCCAGAACCAGAGGCGCUGCAACCCGCAAAGGGGACAUGUCAUAUCGAAAGGGAAGGUCAUUGCUCUUCAAUGAUACCAAAUCUGCAAAUCCCAGAGCUUGAGGAGAGUUUGCUCACUCGGAGCGAGGGAAGCACCUCGGUGCACGUAGGGAGGAUGGAGAACAAGGAAUGGCAUUGUUGCAUACAGCCAAGAGUACUGGUGCUUGAGGAAAGCUCUGAAAGCUCCCCAAAUGAAGGCAGAAGUAGGUCUUUAGAAACAGAGGCCCAAGGAAAAGUUAAAAAAACUGACAAGGGAGAGAGAUCCUCCUUGUCCAAAGUGAAACGUCAGGAAAAAGUAGAGGCCCCAGGGAGGAGGGAUGGGUGUCCUUUGACAGGAUCGAAGGAGUUGGGGACUGCAGAGAAAAAGAAGAGAUGUUUAAGCAAGAAUGGCAGGGCAUCUUCGGUGAGACCAAAGCUACAAAGUCCAAGAAAGACAAGCUCUUCAUUAGUAGAACCGCAUGCACCGCAUCCAGCAUCGAAGAAAGGAACAGUGAUUCUGAGCAAGAGGAAUGGACACUCCUUGGCAGUACCACAGCUACAAAGUCUGAGCAGCCAAGAACCCAGAAACCAAGGAAAGAGGCAAAAGCAAGCCAUGAUAGAACAGCAGCAGAGCUCAGACCCUCAGGAAGGAGCAGGCAGUGUGGGGGAAAGGGCAAAGGAAAAGUGGAAAGAAAUUGAGGAAGACUCAGGUACACAAGCAGUGAAGGAGAUCAAGACAAAUUUAAAUAGAUCAGAAGAUUCCAAUGAGAAGAAACCUUAUUCCUCUGAAUCUCCUAAAAUUGCCACAUUGGAUGGGACUGAAAGCAGGAAAUUUCUGUGUCAUUAUUUGGCCAAAAGGUCUGGUGUACAGUGUAAAAAAAGAAAAAAUGGAAUUGAUCAAAUAAAGUGUUCACAAAGCUUUAGUGUAAGUACGGCUGAAAAAGCAAAAAAUACAUCAGCAAAGUUUGAGGCUGAACAUUGUGGAAACACCCUAACCCAUUGUAACUGCUUGCCAUUUGUAACAGAAAAGAAUCCAGUUGUGAGAUUAGAGGCCUGCAGUUACAUAAAUACACUUGUGAAGUCUUCAGUUAACGGAACUGCCAGCAGCUGUAAAAUCAGUGGAUUCUUCCAUGUAGCCCAAGGUAAGAGGAAGCCUGUUUGUGCUGAUGGUGCCGUAGAACAGAGGGAUAUGAGCUGCAGCACUAGUGGAAUGCAAAAUGAGGGAUCACCCCUAAAAAGAGGUUUCUUGUUUAGUAAAGAAGAAAAAUAUCAAAAUAGAGAAGGAUAUUUUUCAUGCCUUCAGAGUGAAAACAGUAAUUGUUCAAGGGAAAGAAAGUGGAAUAUUAGUAGACGACCGAGAAAAAAGUUGCAGAUCGUUAAGAAAGCAGAAGUUCAGAAUGUUCUCGCAGACGUGGCUAACAAAUGCCGUGAGUGUGAGUUACAAACAGAGGACCCAGUUGCCACAUCAGACUCCUUAGCAGACUUUGGACUCAAUCACAAGGAAAUGACCCUGUCAGUUUCAUAUGAUCAUACAUCAAGUCUUAAUAUUGGAAAAAAUACUCAUGAAGCACAAAAUACAUCAGUCAGCAGAAAAAAUAGCCUCAAAUUUCUUGCUUUUGAAGACUGCUUUAAGGAGACAUCUGAGCUCUCUGUAGCUGCAAAAGGAGACAAUUCAAACAGUGUGGCACCACAAGAUCAUUCUGCUAACUCAGGUAGCCUGGGAGUGCUAACUCAGGUCUGUGAUGUUUCUAAUUGUCAGGAAUGCAUGUCAGAUGAAAAUUUGAAUAAAGCUAGUAAGAAAUUGGAACAGUCUACCUGUCAAAGAACAAUACCGAUGACUGGUAAAAAUGUUUGGCCUUUGGAAUCAUGUGCAAGGACUUCUGAAUGGUUUCAUAAAGAUCACAGGUCCAUCUCAAAAGGAGAAAAAGAAAAAAGUUCUGGCUUUGAGGAAUCCUCUGAUAGAAGCAGUACUGAAGCUCUAGGAUACAGUGCUCUGACUGGCAGUUUGAGGCAGUUGGAUCUUCAUGUAUCACCAGCAGAAAUUAACAAACAAUCUGCACAUAAAAUAAUGGAUCUGAACACUGAAUGUCUGGCUUCACUUGAAACACCAAAAUCCUCUUCCUUGGAUAUUUAUGGGACUUUGAGAAUAAGUAGCAAUGAAAAUCUGGAGUCAUCAGUUAACACAGGUAGAAGUUCCAUGGCUUUUAACCUUGAUGAUGUGCAAGGAGUUAAAGCAACCUUGAAUUGUACAACAAAACAAAAAGAUAAAAGUAAAGGAGCUGUAAUAAAAAGAAAUCCCUCCAUGACAGUCCCCCAGAAUGCUGCAUCUACUGGUAACAAUAAUAGAGUAAACUUCGGCCAUAAAGCAUCAGUUGUGAAGCAAACACUUUCUGAUUUAAAACUAAUGAAAGUGCUAAACACUGGAAAUCUGUCAAAUUUCAAAAUUCCUUUACGCAAAAACAGACCUGAAUCCAGAAAGUUGGAAGCUGCUCUUUCAUUUGAAAGAAAGCCCUGUAGUCCACUAGAAGUUCUGGACAAUACUUGUGUUUCAAAAAGGCAGAAAAGAGAUGAAGAGACUUUUUUGAUAAAUUCUGAGCAGCAGACUCUUUCUGUAGUGACUGAUGUCUCAUCUACAGCUUCCACGAAGAAAAAAGCUGAUGAUAGCCACAAUAAGGACUUUGAAUAUGAUGACUCUGAAAACCUUUCAAAUGAGAUAUCCGCACUCCCUGAACAUGUUUCUUUCUACCCACAUGCUGUCGUUGAGAGACAGCUGGAGUCAUCUGUUUCUGACUCUAGGACUACUGAAUAUGUACCAAAAUCUAAUCUUCCUGAUUAUUCUUGGAAUGCAGUUGACCACCCUGUUGUAUUAGAAAUACAUGAUAAUAGAAAAUCAAGAGGGAAUCUUUCACAGCACAGAAGUGAAAACUUUCCAGACGUUCUUGAAGCUUACAAAGAAGAUAUUCUUGUGAUUGAUGUGAUCCAGGAUGACCCUGACCUUUUUGGAACCAGUGAUGAUGAGGACCCUUCGCUCAUGGACUCCGAAAAUUGUUUUACAAAAAAGCCCUGUAGUAGCAUCUUUGUUGCAGAAGAAAAGCCAGAGUUUAAGCUUCAGUAUCCUGUCAUUUCAGAAGAUAAAGAUUCAGUAAAUCAUUUUAGAGACAAUAUGGUACAAGAAUCUGGAGUGUUGAAUGAUGCUGAAAAUUCCUGUCAUUUGGUGCUAAAAGCUAAUGAAAUUAAAACCCACAAUUCGUCGAGUGGAAGUAGUCCUUUGGGAGGUGUUACUGAGGACUCUUUUGAAGAUGGGCAACUGAGUGAACUAGAUGAACUUUUAAAGGGUUCUGACAUGGAUGAAGAGUUCAGAUUUGCAGAUGGGAUGGCUGAUAUUAAACAAGAAAAAACAGACGAAACUGGAAAAAUUGACUGUAAAUAUAAAGGUCUUUUGAACUGUGAACUUCAAUCAGGAUUAAGAUUGCCUGCCCUGAAAGUGAAUGCCCCCAGUGAAGGCGCAGUGCUGAAACCCUGGACAAAUGAUUUCAGAUUUUCAGGAAAGAGUUCUCUACUGCCAUUGCAAAAUUACGGAGAUUCUGAGCCAUGGAAGAUGGACAGAAAUGUAAAAGUUUCCCAUUCAAUCCAUCAGCUCCUGGAGAUGAUUGAAUUGCCUCGUAAAUAUUGCAGACUUUAUUUCAUGACUUUGCGUGGCUGUGAAAGAGCAAAAUGUUGGUUUUGGCAUGUUCCUGAACAAGGGGAUGAAAAGAUUUGCAUGGCAAUACUUCGGACAUACAUUACUAUUAAUGAAUUAGGCCUUCUACAGCGUGCAACACAAAUAUUUACAAAGUAUUACAGAGAAGUUCCACCUGGCAUGGAUUUUGCUUCACAAGUCCUGAAUGAUCUUCUCAUUUCUUUGCUCAAGAACUGUUUGUUUCAAGAAGUAUUUCAGAUAUUGAAUGUUACCUUACUGAUUAAUAUGCUGCCAGCUGUUGAUGUUCUUCUGAAAAUUUUUGAGUACAUGGCCUCUUUGAAUGUAAGAGAUUCUGUGCCUACAUUAAUCAGUAUAUUUUGUAAGCUUGUUGAUGCUGGUAUGUUUCUUGAGUUUGAACAUUUCAACUUCAUUAUUAAGUUCCUUCACCAAUUGCAAGUUUCCAGUCAGGAAAUAAAUACUAUUCUGAACAUAAAAUCCAGAUUUCAGGAAAAACACUUUAAAAAGAACUGGCAUUUUGACUUCAAUUUGGCAAUGGCUGAAAUUCAGAAUUGCAAGGAAAAAAGCGAUUGGACUAAGCUGGGAAAUUUGUAUAUCAAUCUGAGAACCGGACAUGAACAUUUUGGUGAUCUUCAGAAAUUGUCAUUAUUUAUUGCUGAAAUACUAACCAGAGAUUCUGAGGAAGAAAGACCAGGAGUUCCUUUUUGUGAUUUUGCUGAUGCAGUAAUAAAAAAUUCACAAUGUAAUGAAGCAGACAGAAUUUUCAUUGGAAGAACUGGGAUAAGUGUCAUGUAUUCUUAUCACAAAGUACUGCAGUGGAUAAAGGGAAGGAAGGUUUUGGAUAAGUUGCAUGAGCUAAAGAUAUACUUUACGGUCUUGAAAGGACUUAUUGGUCCAGAAAAGUCAGCAUCAAGAUGUCAAAUUGUUAAUACCGCUGCAGAAUUUUUUCUUAAAACUGGAAGUUUAGAUGGAGCAACAUGGGUAUUGAGAGAGUCAGGAUGGAUCACAAAUGCACCAGUGUGGCCCUGUGAUAAAGUGGACAUCCUCAAUCGACAUAAUCUGUUACGUUCACUAGUCCACGAAUACUUGAGUAAGAGUUUAUACAGGCAGGCUUUUGAAGUUCUGCAGAACUUACCGGGUUUCCAAAAUUGUUCUGAUACCAUAGAUGUUCCUUGGUACAGCCGUCUUUUUAACAAGCUGAUAAAUGCAUGUUUUGAGAGCAAGAACCUUGGGAUCUCAUCUUCUGCAAUAGAUUUCAUGCUUUCAAAAAAUAUACCUAUUGAUUUUUUUCUACUUAGAGGAUUAAUCACAAGUUUGGGAAGAAGUUGUUUGUGGAGUAAAGCUAGGACCUAUUACAAGAGUGCUUUAUCACUGGGUUGCUACCCAUUGCUGCAGGGAAAUUUGUAUCACAAACUUCUGCCGAUCCCUUCUUACUUGUCUGAGGUAGAGAUGCUGUUGGCCAUUGAAAUAUUCCUUGUUUCAAAUGCCAGUGAUGUUCAAAGUCCAGGUGCUACCAGUCAGACUCUUCAAAUAAUACUCAAAAGGUGUGAGGAUCCAAAAGGGCAGAAUAAAGAUGACUAUCAAACAGCAGUGGAGAGACUGAUCCUAGCUGCUCGUAUAUCAGAUCCAAAGCUUUUUCUUAAGCAUAUGACAAUGAAUGUUAAUAUGGAAGAAGUUUACAGCUUGGAUCUUACAUCUGCUCUAAAAUGGCUGCAGGAGAAUAUGAAAUGGGCUGGAAGGGUCUGGCUGUUUCAGUAG